AUGUGGAUACCUCUCCGUAUAGAACAUAUGAUGAAUUCGCAGGGAAUCAAAGGACCUCCUUACAAAUUCAUCUAUGGAAACAACAAACAAGUUACCAAAAUGAGAAUGGAAGCAUCAAGCAAAUGUUUGGCCUUAACAGAUGAUAUAUUUCCCAAAGUACAGCCACAUUUUUACACCUGGAUCAACAGAUAUGGGAAGAAUUAUCUUUCUUGGAGCGGUGUUCGAGCUGAACUGGUGAUUUCAGACCCCGAACUUGUCAAAAAGGUUCUAAGAAAUAGUGAAAAAAAAUUUCCAAAAAGGAAGCUUUCAGAUAUUGGUGAGAAGCUGUUGGGAAAUGGGCUUGCGUUCAUUGAGGGGGGAAAAUGGGCAAAGCAUCGAAAGCUGGCCGAUAAAGCUUUCCAUGGGGAAAGGCUAAAGAACAUGACUCCAACAAUAAUUGCUAGUGUUGAAACAAUGCUAGAAAAGUGGAAAGCUCAAGAAAGCAAAGAGAUUGAAGUAUUCGAAGAAUUCAGAUUAUUGACUUCAGAAGUGAUAUCAAAAACAGCUUUCGGUAGCAAUUACUUGGAAGGGGAGAAUAUUUUUGUCAUGCUCAAAAAGUUGAACAUACUUGUGAGCCGAAAUAUUUCCAAGACUACGAUUCCUUUCAUUAACAAAUUAUGGAAAUCUGCUGAUUUGCUAGAGUCUGAAAAACUUGAAAAAGGCAUACAAGAUUGUGUGAUGGAGAUAAUUAAGAAAAGAGAAGACAAAGUUGUGGGUGGAGAAGCUGACAGCUUCGGUGAUGAUUAUUUGGGAUUACUUGUAAAUGCUUAUCAUGAUUUGAACGAUAAAAACAAGCUUUCAUUAGAAGACUUGGUAGGUGAAUGCAAAACAAUCUACUUUGCUGGUCAAUCAACUCUUAAUUCAUUGCUUUCAUGGAUAGUCCUACAUUUGGCAAUCCAUGGAGAUUGGCAAGAAAAAGCAAGAAGAGAGGUGAUUGACAUAUUUGGUAACCAAAAUCCGCAUCUUGAAGGCAUCCCCAAACUCAAAACGAUGUCUAUGAUCAUCAACGAAACUCUAAGAUUGUAUGGUCCAACAAAUGGCCUGCCAAGAGAAGUUGCAAGAGAAGUUCAGUUAGAAAAGCUAGUCUUGCCUGCUAAUAUAGAUAUUCUGGUUCUAAACAGCAGACUUCAUCGUGACCCUUAUUUGUGGGGUGAUGAUGCACAUCUUUUUAAACCGGAGAGAUUCUCCGAAGGGAUUGCCAAAGCUACCAACUACAACGCUGCUGCAUUUUCCCCUUUCGGAUUGGGACUUCGAUCUUGUGUUGGUAUGACCUUUGCAAUGAUAGAAACCAAGAUUGUUCUCUCCAUGAUUCUACAACGUUACAGCGUUUCCCUCUCCCCCACCUAUGUCCACUCACCAAUACCUAUUAUCUCCCUUGUACCACAACAUGGAAUUCAAGUAAUUCUUGAGUCACUGCAUAAUAAUGCUUGUAGUACAUAG